AUGAACUCCUGCCUGCAGAGCCUCCUGACGCUGAAGGACUUCGUCAGUGCCAUCAGACGCCAGGAGCAUCUCUGGAAUUUGAUCCCAGAGGCUGCAGUUAUCAGAGCAUUCAUGGACAUCCAAAGGUCUCACCUCUCAGACAAUAUCUAUCAAAAAAACAAACUCCUAAUUGCAUUCAAGAGCACGAUUUGUUCUCAGGAGUUCCGGGAUUGUGACCAGAAGGAUUCGCACGAGUUUCUCACCUGCGUGCUGGAGCAGAUGAUAUGCUUAAGCCCAAAGCUUCGGAGGAUGGCUGCCAUCCAGGGCAGAACCUACAUCUGUCCUGUGGAGGAUCACAUUGUCUUUAAAAUGGCUAACUACCGGACCUGCAAGGGGUGCGGGACCGGAUCCACCAGAGAGGAGCGCUUCACAAACCUCUCCCUGGACGUGGUGCCCGGAGACGUGAGCGUGCAGCAGAUGCUCCAGGAUUACACCAGGGAGAAAGACGUGGCGUACAAGUGUGAGUGCGGAGCCGUCACCUCAGGUCUGCGUAAGUCAUUUCUAACUCUGCCAAGGGUGCUGUUCUUGCACCUAAAGCGCUUUAGGUUUACUGCACCCUCGCAAAUUGAAAAGGUACAUGACCCAGUCGUUAUCCUCAGAGAGCUGGAGGUGACAUCUAAACAAGAUUGGGGCCACUACAGUCUGGUCAGCAGCAUCAACCACAUUGGCCUCACAGCAAUACGUGGGCACUACAUCUGUGAUGGGGUGGAUCCAGAUGUGGGAGAGGAGUACCAAACUAACAGCUGGUUCUCCUACAACGACGCAAAGGUCACUAAAACAGACACACACUCUGUGUGCAACAACCGGAAAGAAUCCUGCUACAUACUUUCCUACAGAAGGCAGGUCAGAGACGGACACUGUAAACACAUCGGCACCAGUGGGGACGCGACAGGGUCAGUGUCCAGUGGACAGAACAUGGGACCACGUCCAGUGGAUGGAUGCCGAUGUUCAGCAGAUGGAUGA